GAAGAGCAGGAAGACCAUCGGAACUACUUUUGUCAUGAAUCUCCUGUUUUAUGUUUCUCAUUUUCGGUGUUAGGAUAUUACAGAGCUCUUAUAUGACCUGACUUGGUUCUUCAAUGUCUUCUGGUCUGGCAGCAAAGUUUGCAAAGAAAGAUAAGAAAGGAUUCGACUACGAAUCUCUGCAAGAGCACGGUUACAAGGCCGUCGGUUUACCCGACAUCCCGUCUCCCGAAGAGAAACCGAACUGGUCUUGGUCUACGGGCAAGGAGAAACGGGAAACAGAGGGAGCGAAAGAGACGUUUCAAGAACGAGAGGCGACAAGAGCUGCUGUCGCGGAUGGCGAGAAGCUCGUGGACGCCCAGACACGGAGGGACAGAAGGGACGUUUCCUUCUCGCAGAAGGAGAAACGGAAACGAGAAAUGGGGCAAGCGAGUAGAGGGAAGAAUUACGUGGAAGAAGAGAAGAGACUGCUGAGAGACAGCGGUGUUUACUCCGGGUUUGAUUCCUGAAAUGUUUCUUCCAAUUUCAACUCUUCAUGAUCUUGUAAGAUUCUGCAAACAUCGUGUGGAAGCACAGCUACAUCUUUGAUCUUGUGAAACUCAUUUAUGGUAGACCGUUGACAUAAUUAUAUGCA